AAUAGAAUGGACGAAAGAGAACUCUGAGGAAGUUCGCUCAGUCAGUCUUAAGCUGAUGAUCAAAGUGAGAACUUCUAAAAAAUGUGGCUCUUUCUGUACAUAGUGUUUGUUAUUGUCAGUGGCAUUUACUUCUUCCUGACAUGGAAUUAUAAGCAUUGGGAAAAGAGGGGCAUACCCUAUCCUGAACCUAAGAUAUUCGUGGGAAAUCUUCCUGGUGCAGUUACUCAAAAACACCAUGUUGUUCACGAUAUUGAUAGAAUUUACAACCAAUUCAAAGGACAGUACUUCUUUGUUGGAAUAUUCAAUAUGAGACAACCUCAAUAUUUAGUAACGGACGCAAUUAUAGCAAGAGAUAUUCUUAUCAAUAAGUUCAAGAACUUCCAUGAUAACGAAUUCUCCGAGAUGGCCAACAAGGAGAAGGAUCCUAUUUUUGGACGAAAUCCUUUUAUGCUGAGGGGUGAGGAAUGGAAGGAGAAACGAGCUGAAAUAACACCGGCCUUUACGCAACUAAGGAUCAAAGCCAUGUAUCCAGUUAUUGAAGAUGUAUGCGAACGUAUGAAGAAGUACAUCUUGAGGGAAAAUAAGGAAGCGAUUGAGUGUAGAGAAAUGUCAGCAAAAUUCACAACGGACGUAGUCUCUAGUUGCAUUUUUGGCAUAGAUGCUGGAUCAUUUGCCGGAGACAAAGCACCAAUCCGUGAAAUGGGAAAGAAGAUCAUGGACUUUUCCCCAAGAUUGAUGUUGUACUUUAUUUUGGUUCAACUUAUACCAUCCCUCAGGAAGAUCUACAAAAUAACGUUUGUGGAGAAAGUUGUUGAAAAAUUCUUCGUCAGCAUCAUGAAGGAUGCUAUUGAUUUGAGGAAGAAGAACAACGUUGACCGAAAUGACUACCUACACUACCUUCUGGAACUGCAAGAGAGGAAGAAUCUUAGUGAGUUGGAUAUGGUUGCUCAUGCUAUAACUUUCUUUGUUGAUGGAUUUGAGACUUCAAGUAUCGUUCUUUCUUUUGCUCUCUACCAACUUGCCAAGCACAAGGAAGCCCAAGAUAAGCUUAGGCAAGAGAUUAAGGAAACUCUCGAAAAGCAUGGGGAAAUAAACUUCGACGUUGUUAAUGAAAUGCCUUACCUUGAGCAAGUUGUUGCUGAAACCCUACGACUCAAUCCUCCAGGUACCUUCCUUAGCAGACAAGUCACACAACCAUGCGAACUGCAACUUUCAGAGGACAAGGUAGUGACCAUGGAGGAAGGAACUGGGCUACUGAUACCCAUUUACAGCAUGCACCGCGAUUCUCGGUACUUUGAGGACCCAGAAAGCUUCAUCCCAGAGAGAUUUGCUCCAGAAAAGGGAGGCGUAAAAAUCUACCGCGAUAAGGGAUGUUACAUGCCUUUCGGUGAAGGACCUAGGAUUUGUCUGGGAAUGAGAUUCGCCCAAACACAAUUGCGAGCAGCAAUUGUGUCAGUUGUGAGAGAUUUUGAGAUUACAGUUGAUGCCAAAACACCUGAGAAGAUUGUACUGAAUCCAAAGGAAUUUAUACCAACUAUCCUCGGAGGGACUUGGUUGCGAUUCAGCGAAAUUAAACCAUAAAAUCGAGUGUUUUCUCGAAUUAGAUGUCUUAUAAUAAAGUUAAUGCCUUGAUAAAUGCAUUCGUUAUUCAACUACAAAAUGUAUACUGAUUUAUUUGAGACAAUAAAAUCUUGAAAUGCUUUGUAAUUUUAAAA